AUGGAGCAUCGUUACUCGACGAAGAAAGUAUCUAAAACCAGAGAGCAGAAACCUAUCAUCGACAACGGCAGCUGGCCCAAGGAUAUCAAUGUCUUCAGAAUUCAAGUGGGAGUCUCUGAACUCGGAGAUCUGGCGUCGGAAGACCUCGCGCAGCAGUUCGGAGUGCAGCGCGACCUGUCCAUAGGGAAAGUCAGGGAGCAGCUCUUCGUGGAGUGCGCGAUGAGGAACAAGAAGCUCGACCUACAUGUGAUGUCGGCGCAGAAACCGUCGAGGGAUGCGGUCUGCUCUAUCGCCGACGAGGUCAAGGCCGCGCGCCGCGAGAAGGAUGAUAAGAGGGGCGCCCGCAACAACCGAGUCCAGGCCCUCGAGACCUCUACGCCCGCGGAGCGCUUCGCGAGCGCAGUCCGGCAG